ACACUUCCUCUCUCUCUCUCUUCCUCUGUUCUCCACGAUCUUCUCUCUCUCCGGUGAGAUUUUCUUUCCCGGUAAAAUUCCGACUAUAGAAGUUUCCUCCGUCGGGUUUUUCUAAUUGAAUAAAAUUUGCACUAGUAAUCUUACGCGUGGCUCGUUUUAUAGAAACACGAUUCAGAAUGGGAAUUCAAUUCGUCGACAAGGCAGAUCUAUGGAAGAGUGCACUGUUGUUGAAUCUUAAGCUUCGUGAUCGAUUUAGAAUCGCCGUCGACGACCACCGUGGUCGAGCUGCGGUUUUCUCACCGGAUGGUUACUUCUCUUCCAUUAUCCACCGCUGGGUGACUCGGUUCCGGAGCUUUCGCCGGGAGUCUCUCCCUUCUCCACCAGCUUUUUAUCGCAGACGAGUUUCUAAAGACUUAACGGCAGAAGAAGAGUCUGCUCUUUUCCGGAUGCUUCAAGCUGUGGCUGUUCCCCUUAUUGGAAAUGCUUGCCAUGUUUUCAUGAAUGGUUUUAACCGUGUUCAGGUGUAUGGUUUAGAGAAAUUGCAUGAUGCUUUACUCAACAGACCAAAGAACAAGCCUCUUGUAACGGUGAGCAAUCAUGUUGCAUCUGUGGAUGAUCCAUUUGUCAUUGCUUCAAUACUUCCGCCUAAACUUCUACUUGAUGCCCGUAAUCUGAGGUGGACGCUUUGUGCUACAGAUAGAUGCUUUAAAAACCCUGUAACUUCAGCUUUCUUUCGAUCUGUCAAAGUUUUGCCAGUUUCUCGUGGUGAAGGAAUUUAUCAGCAGGGAAUGGACAUUGCGAUUUCGAAAUUAAACAGCGGAGGGUGGGUUCACAUCUUUCCAGAAGGCAGUCGCUCCCGGGAUGGUGGAAAGACUAUGGGCUCAGCGAAGAGGGGUAUCGGAAGGUUGAUUUUGGACGCAGAUACUCUCCCUAUGGUUGUUCCAUUUGUGCAUACUGGUAUGCAGGACAUAAUGCCAGUUGGAGCCAGUGUUCCACGGAUUGGCAAGACAGUGACAGUGAUCAUUGGAGACCCUAUUCAUUUUAAUGACAUUCUCAGCACUGAAGGAGCCAAACACGUCUCAAGGAAACACUUGUAUGACGCAGUUUCGUCCAGAAUUGGGCAAAGACUGUAUGAUUUAAAAGUACAAGUCGAUAGGGUAUCUCUAGAACAACAAUCUAUGAUGUCACACGACGCCAAAACAUCCUCGGACCGUGCUGCUGAGAUCUUCCAUAGAGUCGAUUGGGACUCGUUUGGAAUGGGAGCACAAUUUUCAGAAGAAUCAUCCCCCAAUAGUAAACAGAUUGCCCAAAGCGAUGAUCGCAUUGUCAGAUCUCCCAAAAGGAGAGUCUCAUCCGAAGGAGGGAUCAGCUUGAAGAUUAAGAAGUUCAUGGACUCUACGGAGAUGAUGGGUUUCGCGGCUAGAGGGUUGUUUAUGAACGAGUACAAGAGUCGGGAGUUCAGAUUAUCGACGGUGACAAUCUCUUUCUCUCCGGCUAACUGUUUUCUAGAGAAAGCUAUGGCGGACGAAGAAGAUGAGUUACCGGAGACAGAACUAAGUUACGACCAGAAGAAGGAAAUCGCUAAGUGGUUUCUCCUCAACGCUCCCGCUGGAGAAAUCAAUUACGUCGCUAAAGAUUUAAAGGCGGUUUUGAGCGAUGAGGAAGUGUACAAUGAAGCAGCCAUGGAAGCAUUUCCAGUGUACAACAAAUCUCACAUGAUUUGCCUUGAAAUGCCCAGUAGGGCUGGUGAUGUGAUUGUGUCAUCUUACAGUGAAAUUACUGAAAAUGAGUACCUUGAUCCAAGAACUGCCCAGGUUGCCAUAGUUGAUCAUGUUAAACAGAUUUGUACAAAGGUACGGCCUGCAAAUGAUGAAGAACUUCCGUCUUUGUAUAUUGAGGAGUACAGAUAUGCUCUUGAUGCUGAAAUCCAGAGAUAUGUUAGUGAAUCUUAUCCGAAAGGUAUGUGUGCAGUUAAUUGUGUGAAGGGGAAAGAUACUGAGGGUCCAGGGUCCGACUUUGAGCUUGUUGUUAUAAUUACUGCCAUGAGACUUAGUCCCCAGAACUUCUGUAAUGGAAGUUGGAGAUCUGUAUGGAACAUAGAUUUCCAGGAUGAAUCCCAGGUGCUUGACAUAAAAGGGAAAUUGCAGGUAGGAGCUCAUUAUUUUGAAGAGGGAAAUGUGGAAUUAGAUGCAAAAAAAGAUUUCCAAGAUUCAACAAUAUUUCAGUCUGCGGAUGACUGCGCGAUUGCCAUAGCCAAUAUAAUCAGGCACCAUGAAACAGAGUACCUUGCAUCUCUAGAGGUAGCUUAUUCAAAAUUACCGGAUAACACUUUUAAGGAUUUGAGGAGGAAACUUCCGGUGACACGGACUCUGUUCCCAUGGCAGAACACUUUACAGUUCAGCCUAACAAGAGAGGUCGAGAAAGAACUUGGACUUGGCAAGUGACCAAUCAUCAACUCGCAACCUUGAGUUCUCUAUUUCGUUGUCAAGUUUCUGUGAUUUCCAUUAUGUAAGUGAAGGGGAAAGUAUCAUUGAUAUUAUUAUUUAUGUUGUGUCGUGUAUUGGCUUUUCCUUUGGAGUGUUAUGUACAAAAGUGUUGAAGAAAAAUAGUAUCAUCGA